AUGGUCACUGAUGUGCAUCUAGCAGUACUCGCGAACGCUCUGGGAGUGACACUCUUCCUCCUUGUCGUCCUAUAUCACUAUAUCAACGCGAACAACUCGAAGUAACAUGCUAAAUACAAUACUUUUAUAUUCUAUUAUAUGUAAAAAAAUAAAAACAAUGUGAAAAACUUCA